AUGCGUUCUUACUGGGAUUCCUCCCUUCAUUUAAUUGCGACGAAGGAUUCAAUAAAAGCCAGAGUACUCCAGUUGAAAGAAGAUGCUUACCUGAACGGCACCACCUUUUCUGCCUCAAAGUAUGAGUCUCCAGCCAUACCAUUGACCUACCAUCCUGCAAAGUAUUGUAAUUUAAUUAUCAAUACGGACGCUUCAGCAAUCAGUAGUAAAGAAUGUCCAAGAGCAUUUACAGACGGCUCUAAAAUUCAUGGAGAAGUGGGCGCAGCAUCAAUAAUCUAUUCUUCUUCCUCUAUUCCAACAGUAUGGCAAGGAAAAUUAUCUCCAGAAAAUUCCAUUUAUCAAAACGACCUGUCAGCAAUUCAAUCUGCAGUAAAUAAAGCUAUAUCAAAUAAUUUCAGGACAAUAGCUAUCUAUUCAGACAGUCAAUCUGCAUUAUACGCCCUGAAGGACAGAAACAAUAAGAACCAACUGGUUCAGGAUAUUCAAAAUAUUAUAAGUGCCCACCCAGAAAUCCAGUUUAUCCUCAAUUGGGUGAAAGCCCACAACGGAAACGACUGCAACGAGGCAGCUGACCUCCUUGCAAAGGAUGCAACGACUAACAUCAACAGUGAGGUAAUUCAUGUCCCGUGGCUCAAGUCCCAUUUAAAAUUUACACUAAAUGCAAUUGUCGACUCAAAGUGGCAAGAAGAGUGGGAUUCUGCAUUACAAGGUAGAAGAGUCCACAAAUUUUUCUCAAAAACUGACAAAGAGGCCCUACACAAUGACCAUGUUCUGAAUCAGUAUAUCACAGGGCACGGUCCUUUCCCCACCUACUUCCAUGACAGAGGCAUGUGCCUUACGGAUCUCUGCAUAUGUGGCGAAAGGGGUGACCCUGAUCAUUACAUUUUUGACUGCCUGAAAUAUGUAAUUCAGCAGUUUACUAAUAAUUGUAAUACAGACACCGGUCCUUCAGAAACCAAAAGCAAGAUCCAUUCAUCUGUAGAUCACAGAGCCAAGCGGGUAGAAUCUUCAUCGGGACUGAGUCGAUACCGGCAUACCACAUGCAUGCGCAGGGUCGACGAUGUCUAUGCUGUAUCGAUGGCACGAUUUACGUACCAUCGAUACGGUAUAGAAUGCAUUCAAGCGCAAGUCGGACUAUACGUGGAAUUGGCAUUGACAUAG